AUGCGAUUACACCAACGUUCAGCAUCUGAAAGUGAUGGUAUCGAUAUUAUUGCAGCGACAGAACAGAAAAUAUCACCCUCAGAAGUAGCAUCUUCUGUGCCAACAACAAAAGAAGAGACUUCGAUUAGUAACUCUAUGUUUUCACUGUACAAGAAGCUGGGAUCUCCUCGUCGCAAUCGCAGCCUUACCAGCAAUAACAGCAAGGGCUUUACUAGUAAAUCAAGGGCUUCCAUUGGUUCUGCAUUCUCCAGUUUUCGUCAACCUAGCCUAUCCAGCAUGUCUACCAAUACAACAACAGCUUUCUCUACGACUGCCACAUCCAAUAAUACCAACAAAAAGAAUCGAUUCAGCAUGCCUAUAAACAAUCCAGAUGCUGCUAUUGCAAUGAAUCCCAUGAACUAUUCGAUCAAAGAAGAGGAGCAGGAAGAGAUCAAGAAACCUAAUCUGCUGGAACAGACUGGUACCUCAAAACGUUCUUUGCCAUUUAGCUUGCAACAUGAAAUCAAUCAAUUCUCCAUCGACGGAUUUGCUCAUAAAUAUUUUGCCACACACAAAAGAGGUCUAUUCAGAAGAACUGUGCCCAUGAAUGAACUGCUCUGUUGGACGAAAGAUUCGAUUAAACAGCCUCUUUUGACCAGCAACAAGACAUUGUUUAGCAAAGAUGCGUUGAAAUGCUUCAAAAUACUACAAAUGCUGAUGAACGACAGACCAAGGCCUCGUACAUUCAACUACAUUGAAAGCUUUCAAACAUUACUGAGCUGUGGUAUCACAAAAGGACAAAUGCGUGACGAAAUCUAUGUUCAAAUCUGCAGGCAGUUGAACAAGAAUCCCAAAGAUGAUAGCAUCAGAAAAGGUUGGGAAAUUCUGUGUGUUGUCAGCGUCACCUUUCCGCCUUCAAAAGACCUGGAAACCUAUUUGCACCGAUUUGUCCAACAGCAUUUUGAUCAGCACAAGAAUCAAUUGAAUAUUCUUAGUCGGUAUGUCUCUGCAAAGCUAGUUCGUAUCUGUAGUAGAGGUGCAAGAGGAAAGGUGCUAUCUGCAGCCGAAAUUGAACGAGCCAAGGCAACCCCCUUUAAGCCAUCUGUAUUUGGUGAGCCGUUGGAUGUCAUUAUGGAUCUACAAAAAGAUAACACUGCACUCUUCAUACCCAAAAUUGUCACGGUCUUGACACAAUCAGUGCAUGAUUUGAAUGGAUCCACCUCAGAAGGUAUUUUUCGUGUACCUGGAGAUGCAGAUGCUGUUACUGAAUUGCGUAUUCGUAUUGAGAAUGGCAAUUACGAUCCAACUGGUAUUGAAGAUCCCAAUGUACCUGCCUCUCUCUUGAAAUACUGGUUGCGCGAUUUAGCGGAGCCUUUGAUACCAACUGAUCUUUAUGAUGACUGCAUCAAACAUGCCCAUGAUAAAAAAAAAGCCAUCGAUAUUAUUAAUUCUUUACCCAAUGUGAACCGACGAAUUGCAUUGUACAUGAUACGAUUCUUGCAGGACUUUGCUGACCCUCAAGUGAUCCAACAUACCCUAAUGAAUGUAGUCAAUCUGGCUAUGGUUUUUGCGCCUAAUUUCUUGCGAUGCCCCUCUGUCAAUCUCACCACCAUUUUUGAAAAUUCCAAAUACGAACAAUUGUUCCUCAAAACAUUGAUCACCGAGCUGGAAGUUGACAAAGACGAUUGUGCCUAUAGCGAAGAAGAAGUUAUUGGUAGAAUCAAAGAACAGGUCUAG